AUGUCAGGAAUCAGCGACCUACCCGAAAAAUACGAUGAUCUUCCUGACAAGCGACGGUUCUGGCCAGCAGCAGCAGGAUCCGCAGAGGAAGGAUUGGGAAUGCUCCGGCUCUUGACGCCGGAGAUUGUGGCCGACGCUGCGCGGACACAGAUCCAGACGGGAGAGCGCGUUUGCCUGAACUGGGAUUUAGAAAAGCUGGAUCCUCCUGGAUUCGGCCGCAAAGCGUUCGAACACAAGGUUCAAUGGGUCGCUCCAGGUGCCGCUUUCGAUGACGAGUACCAUUUUAACCCGCAGCAAUCCUCUCAAUGGGACGGAUUCCGGCAUCACAACGCUCCUGCGCCAACCUCCGAAAAUGCGGACCGGAAGCUGUUCUACGGCGGCACAACCGCAGAGGAGAUUCAGGAUCCAAACUGCAAUCGCAUUGGAAUUGGGUACUGGGCGAAGAAAGGCAUCGCAGGCCGCGGGGUACUCAUUGAUUACCUGUCCUGGGCGGAGAAGAGGGGGAUUAGUGUUAACGCGCUGAGCCAGCAUGUCGUAUCGUUAGACGAUGUGCUGGCCAUCGCGCGUGAAUGCAAGAUCGAGUUCAAGAAAGGCGAUAUCUUCUUCCUUCGCGUUGGUUUAACCGGAACGUGGGAUACGAUGGACGCACAGCAGAAGAAGCAGUAUAGCCUGCAGUCCACGCCCAAGCACGCGGGGAUCGAGCAGAGUGAGCGUGUGCUGCGCUUUCUGUGGGACAACCACUUCGCGGCUGUGGCUUCGGAUGCGGUCAGCUUCGAGGUGUAUCCGCCUUUGAAUCCUGAGUAUGAUCUACAUCAUCAUCUGCUGGCUGGGUGGGGAAUUCCGAUAGGCGAGAUGUUUGACUUGGAGGAUUUGGCCGAGACGUGUAAGAGGUUGGGUCGGUGGACGUUCUUCGUGUCGAGUAGUCCGUUGAACUGUGCUCGGGGUGUUUCGAGUCCCCCUAAUUGCAUGGCGAUUUUCUGA